AGAGGAGGCGAUGAGAGGAAGCUGCAAUAAACACACAGGGCGUCUGCGCCUAUCUAAGUAGGACAAUAAAGUGAAAACGGCAUCAAUGCUCUAACAAUGGAUCUGUCACACAUGCUUCUCCUGAAAGUUUUCCUCUUCGCCUACUUGCUGAACCCCACCCAAGGGCACUAUAGGAACCCCCUGAACAAGUACAUCCGUCACUAUGAGGGCCUCUCGUACAGCACAGAGGUGCUGCACGGCAGCCAUCAGAGGGCCAAGAGGGCCCUCUCUCACGAAGACAAGUUCCUUCAUUUAGAUUUUCACGCCCACGGAAGGCAUUUUAAUUUACGAAUGAAGAGGGACACCACCUUGUUCACCCCAGAUUUGAAGGUGGAUGUUUCAGGAGAAGAGAUUCCUUUUGAUACCUCACAUAUCUACACUGGAGAAAUCUACGGUGAGAAGGGUACGCUGACUCACGGCUCCAUUGUAGAUGGUAGAUUUGAAGGCUUCAUUCAGAGCUACCAUGGCAAUUACUACGUGGAGCCUGCCGAGAGAUACCUGGAGGGCAAAAACGUGCCCUUCCACUCCGUCAUCUACCAUGAAGACGACAUCCACUACCCGCACAAGUACGGCCCAGAGGGAGGCUGUGCUGACAGCUCCGUGUUCGAAAGGAUGAAGAAGUACCAAGCUUCUGCCAUGGAGGAGCCAUCCAAGGAGCUCCACACCGAGGCGGGCGUUAAUGAGCCGGUGCUGCUGAGGAGGAGGAGGAUGGCCCAGGUGGAGAAGAACACCUGUCAGCUCUUCAUUCAGACCGACCACCUCUUCUACAAGUACUACAAGACCAGAGAGGCUGUCAUCGCUCAGAUCUCAAGUCACGUCAAGGCGAUCGACGCCAUCUAUCAGGGCACUGACUUCAUGGGCAUCCGGAACAUCAGCUUCAUGGUCAAGAGGAUUCGGAUAAACACCACCAACGACGAGCGGGACCGGUCCAACCCAUUCCGCUUCGCCAACAUCGGGGUGGAGAAGUUCCUGGAGCUGAACUCGGAGCAGAACCACGACGACUACUGCCUGGCCUACGUUUUCACGGACAGGGAUUUUGAUGACGGCGUGCUGGGCUUGGCGUGGGUGGGAGCCCCCUCAGGGAGCUCUGGAGGCAUCUGUGAAAAAAGCAAGCUGUACUCAGACGGAAAAAAGAAAUCUCUCAACACUGGUAUAAUCACUGUACAGAACUACGCCUCCCACGUUCCCCCGAAAGUCUCCCAUAUCACUUUCGCACAUGAAGUAGGACACAACUUUGGCUCCCCGCAUGACUCUGGAUCUGAGUGCACCCCGGGAGAAUCCAAAAGCCAAGACAAGAAGGAGAAGGGCAAUUAUAUCAUGUAUGCAAGAGCCACGUCGGGAGACAAGCUCAACAACAAUAAGUUCUCCAUCUGUAGCAUUCGCAACAUCAGCCAAGUGUUGGAGAAGAAAAGGAGCAACUGUUUCGUCGAGUCUGGCCAGCCCAUCUGUGGGAACGGCCUGGUGGAGCCCGGGGAGGAGUGUGACUGUGGCUACAGCGAUCAGUGCAGGGACCAGUGCUGCUACGACGCCAACCAGCCCGACAACAAGAAGUGCAAACUGAAGCCCAACAAAGUCUGCAGUCCCAGCCAGGGCCCCUGCUGCACCGCCGAGUGCUCCUACAAGGGCCGAAACGAGAAGUGCAGGGAGGAGUCGGAGUGCGCCCACCAGGGCAUGUGCAACGGCGUCAGCCCGCAGUGCCCCACGUCGGAACCCAAGGCCAACUUCACCGCCUGCCACGGGGAGACCCAAGUCUGCCUCAACGGGGGCUGCUCCGGCUCCAUCUGCGAGAAGUACGGGCUGGAGGCGUGCACCUGCGCCAGCCAGGACGGCAAGGACGAGACCGAGCUCUGCCACGUGUGCUGCAUGGAGAAGAUGAAUCCCAACACGUGCAGCAGCACCGGCUCGGAGCGCCUGGCUCGAUUCUUCAAUAAGAAAGUGACCACGCUGCCGGCCGGCUCGCCCUGCAACGACUUCAAGGGCUACUGCGACGUGUUCAUGAAGUGCCGGCUGGUGGACGCGGACGGGCCGCUGGCCAGGCUAAAGAAGGCCAUCUUCAACCCAGAGCUCUACGAAAACAUCGCGGAGUGGAUCGUGGCACACUGGUGGGCGGUGCUGUUGAUGGGCAUUGCUCUCAUCAUGCUCAUGGCGGGCUUCAUCAAGAUUUGUAGCGUGCACACGCCGAGCAGCAACCCCAAACUGCCCCCGCCCAAACCUCUUCCAGGUACUUUGAAGCGGCGGCGAGCGCAGCAGCACGCCAACUCCCAGGUGCAGCACCAGUCCCAGCACGCGCACCAGCACGGCCACGGCGGCCACGGAGGACACGGCGGCCACGGCGGCCAGCGGCAAGCCCAGCGGCAGCCGCAGCGGCAGGCGCAGCCCCAGAGGCACCACCGUCAGCCCAGAGAGAACUAUCAGAUGGGCCAGAUGAGACGCUGAGUCCCCGAAAACCCGCAGACCCACCCCCCUCCUCCCCACCCCCCCAAUGCCUUGGCUCCUCCUUGUGCCUACAGUGGGAAACAAAAGCGUCACUCCAUCCAAAGAAAAGCCUGACAUGGUUGUUAGUCAUGAUCACAUUCACCAUCGGCAGACGAAAACAGACACGUGAAAAAGAGAAAACGCUAACCUAGCAACUCGAUUGGCUCUUUGUGGAGUGGACUCGACCAUCAGCCAUUUCCAAUGCAGUGCGAUCUAGCAUCUUUUUUCCAUCUUACUUUUUUUUUUCUUCUUUUUUUUUUUUUUUAAGGAGUGCCAAGGAGUUAAGGAAUCAUGUGUAGCUUUAGUACAUUCUGUGAUGGGUUUUUUUUUUUGUUUUAUUGCAAUGUCUUCUUGAGUGACAAGCCCGUGGCUGCUGGUGAAUUGUUCUGUGCUAUUUUUAAUUUUUUUUCUUUUUCUUUUUUCUUGUUUUGUUUUUUUUCGCCAUCCUAGCCAGGAAUGAGAGACACUCAGUGGGGAUUUGCGGCACUUUUUUGUGAUUUACACACAUGUCAAAACGGCAAAAGACACAGGCUCCGGUCUCUCAUGCAGACAGUUCUCUGCAUGUGACUGUAAAUACUUAGUGUAUCAUAAGUGAAAACAAACUAUUUCUUCUACUGUAAAUUGUGUAAUUCUUCACUUUUUUUCCUCUUUAAUUUUUUUUUUUGUUUUUCUUUUUUUGAAUUUUUUUUUCGGUUAGUGCUCUCAGGAUUCUUAACACAUAAAUGAAGGAAUGAUGGUUUGUGACGAGCUCCUUUGGACGUUGCGGACGAGGAUUCGACGCCAUCGGGUUCUUCUCGCGGUCCAAUCAGGUGGAUCUCUCUCACUUUUGAUAGGUCGCUAGAUUUUUUGAUUUUUUUUUUUUUUUUUUUUGAACUACAAGGUCGCCAUAUCCCAUUUUUCAGGCCUUCUUGGUUCAAGCUCCCUUUUUCCAUCUUUUUUUUUUUCCUCCUUCUUCUCUAAUUUGCUUUGCUGUGUAUCAACCUAGAUGAGGUAUUGCAGGGAGGAUCACCUAGUUUGGUACAUUUACUGUCUUUUUACUGAUUUUUUUCCUUUCGAUAAUGAAGAAUGAAUAACCACUAACUGAAGCUGAAGAUGAGUCUACCUGUUACGAUAUGAAGACCAGGGAAAGUGAAGGCUGCUGUGGUUUAGUGUAGAAGUGAGAGCGUAUCAUGUUACAGAGUUAGUUUACAUGAGUGUGGAAAUAAAUUUUUAAAAAUGACUUAAAAAAAAAAUUUAAAAAAAAGGAAACAAAUGUAAGAUUAAAUCAUUCUAUUAUUCUUCAGAUAGCAAAACUAAGAACUUUUCAAUGUGGGCAUGCAGACACAUUUAUUAAAUGUGACUAUUAAUUGACCAAGGUCUGUAAUGUUUGUAUGUCACUCAACACUUAUUUACUUUUUGACAGCUAUCAAUGUUUGUCUUGAAGCAGCUGGGGAGAGCAGUGUGACGCAGCAGUGUGUGUGUGCGCGCGCGUGUGUGUGUGUGUGUUUUCACCACUUCCACAGGAAGACAGGCGGCUGCUUCGGUCGGUUUCGUUUCAGCCAUUUAAAUCAAACCAGCAGUUCUCUCCUGGGUCAGAUCUCAUCCCAGACUGAUUCCCCUUAAGAGCUCAUGAGCAACGGGCCUCGGUUCUGCGUUUACAUCGGCGUGCCAUAAACACCCCCCCCCCCCAACCCCCCCCAACCCCGAAAGCUGAUCUCUGUGCACAGGUUUCAUGAAACACAGGAAGCACCUGGAGCGUUUCUGAAGCCACUUCAGCUGAAUGAAAGGAAGGAGAUGUGAUUGCUUUGUUUGUGUUUGUUGUUUUGUUUUUGUUUUUAUUUUGUUCAUUUUUAUUUUCCUGUGGGAUUGUUCGACCUCAGGUGUUCCUCUUUUGGCUACGAGAAAAGGGGCAUUUUUUUUGAAAAUACCUUAAACACUAACCGAGAGGUAAUGUGAUCACGGCAUAUUGAACAAAAAGGAAAAAAAAAAACCCAUGUGAGUUAUUUGCUGUGCAAAGCGUUUUUCACUCUACUUUUGCAUGAGGGUGGGAAAAAAAAAGCACCGAGGCGACAGGCGCGUCGCGUUUCCCCCGUGCUCUCGCUUUGUGUUCUCCUCGCAUCGUUACUUUUUUAAUGCAUGCAGUAAUAAUCACAGCUAGUAUCUUAAACUGGACACCGUUAAUCACAUGUGCUCUGGAGGGGACAACAAACAAAAAGGAAAAAAAGGAAAAAAAAAAAAGAAAACCUCACAUGUCACACUUUAUUUCGCACGGCGGACGAAUCGGACGGUCGGCAGAACUUCUCAUGUCUGUACAAAACGGAGCUCUUUUUAAAUUUUGGCCUCCCGGGGCCCCGCGACACAGCCGCCGGGCCCGGAGCGUCUACCUGUAAACUUGUACAGUACUUCGAAAAACGAAAAUGAAAAAAAAAAAAAAAUAACAGAAAAAGUAAUUUGCAUUUCAUUUGAAAAUGGAGAAAUUACAUUUUGAUACAUCUGUUUGAUUUUUUUGUAUUCUAAUUCCAGAGUAAGUUGUUCAAAGAUGUUCAUAUGUGACAAAACUUUCCUCUCUUCUAAGUUAUUUAUGUUCUUAUAUGUGCUAGUUGAACUGGAGUUUGCUUCUGAUACUUUUUUUUUCCUCCGCCAUCAUCCAUGGUUUAAAAACAGUUCAGUGUGAUGGAGUCAAUGUUACAUUCUCAUUUUUGUCUUUGUUACCCUGUGGCAUGGUUUGGGUAGACGAGCAGAAGAAUAACGCCUGUAAAUUUCCUUUUCUUUUUAAUUUCGUAGUCUUGGUAAAGUUUUUAGAUAAACGUGCACUGAAAAAAAUGUCCAAAUUGAGUUGAAAAAAAAAAAAAUGUCGUAGGUGAUGUAGGCCGAAAGAACACACGAUUAAAAAGUAAUACUACUGUCUGAUUUUAAUGUUCACUGUGUUUUAUACAGUAUCGGAAAUUUUUGUUCACUUUGAACAUUUUUACUAAAAAAAAAAAAAAAAAAAAAAAAACGAGAAAAAAAGCUCAAAAUUGUAUUGUGCAAAGAGAUGUAAUUUUUUGGAGUACUUGAAAUGCAUUAAUUAAAAGACUCGUUCAAAAUAAAAUAGACCCCUGUUUACUGUC